ACACAAGCAUCGAUCUCCUUGAAAGUAGCAACAUCUUGUUGGAUCAUUCCUCUCACCCACUUGUUAGGAAAGCAAGCGAAAUGGCUCCAAUAAAGAACAUUGCAUCGGCACUAAUCCUUAUCGUCGCCAUGGUGGCAACCGCAUCCUUACCCAUGUCAAGCGCCGUCGUCGACAGGACCGAUGAGGCCGCCUUGGGUGAGCUGACACCCAUCAUCAAGACGGCCUUAGACGGGGUCAUCGCAGCCUCCCCACCAUCCAAAGUGUUCGAAGUAAAAUCGGAUGUGGUGAACCAAGAACUCGUCGCUAUGGCCACGAUGAACAUGGCCCAGGGAGACAAGGAGAAAUUAAGUGCAUAUAUCAAGGCCUACAAGACGGCUGCUCAGCUAGUCACUGACGCCGCACCUGCUGAGAAGUUGACGGUAAUGGAUGAUGCCUUUACUAAGGCUGCUAACCCAAUUCCGUAAGUGGCACCUCAUUCAUAGAGUAUAUAGGCCCAGUUCUUUUCAGCUUUUGAUUCUCCAGAAUCGGCUUCUGGGAAGCUUCCCACAUAAUCAACCAAAAUCAGCCGUUGAGUUCUUUUCUGAGAUUGUGGUAUGAGAUUAUGGAUAAAUUAUGUGUUGAAAUGUUUGUAAUGUCCGGGGACUGAAACCGGGUGUUGAAUUUCUAACACUUAGUUGUUUCAAACAAUUUAUCAUCGAAUAUGAGCACAAAAUCGAUUUAUCAAUAUCACAGAUUGCUAAAUAUUACUAUAAAGAAG